AUGGGUAAUGGACUUUCAUCUUCAUCAAUAAACUUCGCCUUCAUAAACCAAUGUAUUAAUCGAUACUUUUCUAUGUUUCUUUUAUUUUUUGGUACAAUCGGAAAUAUUUUGAAUCUCUUAGUAUUUACACGGAAAACAUUCCGUAAUAAUAUUUGUGUAAACUAUUUUUUGGCAUCAACAAUCGCCGACUCAUUUAUAAUUCUUAGUGGAGUUCUUCCUCGUUUACUGGGUGGAUUUGGCAUGGAUUUAUCACAAUCUUCAUCUAUUCUUUGCAAGCUGAAAUUUUUUACAAUAUAUUAUUCAGGAUAUACAGCUGCUUGGUUUACUUGUUUGGCAUGUAUUGAGCGAUAUCUUUCAUCAUCAGUAAGUGUUUAUAAACGUCAUCUGAUUACAAUGAAACGUGCUAAAUUAUCUAUGAUUUUUGUCCUAUUAUUCGGAAUUAUUGUAUUCGGUGAACAAUUCCAUUGUAUUGAUAUUAAUCAAAAUUUAUAUGGUGCACCACAAUCAUGUUAUCAAAUAAAAUCAAAUGUUCAAUGCCAAAUUGCUGAUAGUCUGAUGCAAUUUAUAUUUGAAAUGUUCAUACCAGCCGUAGUGAUGAUUAUUUUUGGUGUGUUCACAUUGCAAAAUGUUCGUCAAAGAAAGCGUCGUGUUAAUGUAUUACAAACCGCGAAUAGAAGAAUUCCAAUGAUUGCAGUCAGAAACAUAAGUCAUCCUUCUGUAACACAACAACCAAUAAAUGUAACUAUUGGUCCAAACAACCAACCAGCUACAAUGGAAAUUAAUCGAACAGCUCAAAAGCGUGAAAUGCAACUGAUUAUGAUCCUGCUGAUGCAGGUUGUUGCUUUCAUCGUUUCGUCAUCUCCUAUCAGUAUUUAUAAAAUUUAUUCCAUUGCAACUAUUAAUCAAACACGAUCAAUUCUACGUGCAUCAAUUGAAAAUACAAUAUUCAAUGUAUUUGUGCUUUGUUUAUUUCUUAGUAGUAAUAUUAACUUUUACAUAUGCACUUUAUGUGGCGCCACAUUUCGAAAGGAAUUAUUAAAGUUAUUUCGUUUAGCUUAA